CUAUGUAGGAUCAUAGGGAUACUCAUCACUCUAUUAUCACUGAAGCUUUCCCCGGUUUCAUCCACAAUAAACGGCGCUUCAUUGGUGGUGGGGUUAUUAUACUCGGUUGUUGUUGAUGAUGAGUGAGGUUGUUUCUUCUCAUGUGCAUAUGGGCCCAUUUUUCUUUUGCCAAUCAUACCCCCCUUAUAGGUGCAAGCACUGAAGAUAUCUUCUUUAUGAUGUCUAUGGUUUCUCAAUCAACAGUUGUACUCCCUACGUCCCACAAAAAGCUUCACCCUUCCCACCUCCCAAAGAAAAAUUCACACUAUUUCUAUUUUCUUUUAAAGACAGAAAUGGGUGCCUCACAAUCAGCCUCUCUCUAAAUAAAUUCUAACCAUAAAAUCUAUACUUUUAAACACUUUUCUUAAACUACGUGAAAGUCAAACAAAGAAGUUUUUACAGGGCGGGGAGAGUAUUAACCAAGAGUUACCAGCAAGGCUAGAGACUAUUGUUUUUCCAGAACAAAAGCCUGUGAGCUUUGAUGGAGCAUGAUCUACAUAUUGAGUACCCAGUUUCGUCAGGUGUCUUGAGGGGAAUUAAUUUUAAUAUCCUCUCCGGAUCAGAUGCUGCCAAAAUUUCAGCCAAGGUAAUAGAACUAGUGCAGGAAGUGACAGAUCCUGCAUUAGGACUGCCAAAUCCAGUUUCUGAGUGCCAUACAUGUGGGGCAAAGCACGUGAAAGCAUGUGAAGGCCAUUUUGGUUUGAUAAACUUCCCUUACACAAUUAUUAAUCCAUACUUCAUAUCAGAAGCUGCACGAGUUCUCAAUAAAAUUUGCCCAGGAUGUAAAUCAGCUCGGUCUGAUAAGGUCAAGAUUGUUGGUUCCAUAUCAAUGCAUAGGCAGCAUGCAAAGUGCAAGUAUUGUGAUGGAACUUCAAAAGAUUAUCCGCCAAUGAGAUUUAUAUUAUGUUCCAACAACAAGUUCGUGAAACCCGCAAUUAUAGCCGAAGUGAAUGAAAAGUUAUGGAGGAAGUUUCCAAAUAUAAACUCAGGGGGAAGUUUGGCUUCUGAUUAUUGGGAUGUAAUUCCAAAUGAUGCAGGUCAGGAUGAAAGUUCCCAUCAAUCGAAAAAAAAAGUUCUAUCACAUGGACAGGUUUAUAGUCUCCUGAAAGAUGUUGAUUCGCGACUUAUUGAGGCAUUUCUCAAAAGGAAGAAUUUGAUCUUCCUGAAUUCUUUCCUUUUGACCCCUAACUGUCAUCGUGUCACAGAAUUGGGGCACCAUAUGCUAUUCGACGAAAGUAAUAGGCUUUACAGAAAGCUGAUUGACUUUAGAGGGACUCCCAGUGACUUAAGCAUGCACCUUAUUGAACGCAUCAAGCUUUCAAAGCUGCGUGCUGAAAGACAAGCAUUUAUAGACCCCGAAUUCAGUGCAUCUGGCUUGAAGUUUUUGAAAGAACUUCUCAUUGCCAAGAGAAGUAAUCACGCCUUCCGCUUGGUGGUGGUCGGCGAUCCCCAGUUAAAGCUAUUUGAAGUUGGCAUUCCAAGUCAUGUUGCAGAUAGCCUACGGAUAGCUGAACAUCUGAAUUCAUGGAAUUCUGAAAAGUUAACUGAGCACUGUGAUCUCAUGAUUCUUCAGAAGGGAUGGGUUCUUGUUCGCAGAAAUGAUGACUUAGUUCGUAUUAGCAUGUGUGACAAAUUGCAGAAAGGAGAUGUCAUAUAUAGACCUCUUGCUGAUGGAGAUGUUGUGUUAAUAAAUCGACCUCCUUCCAUUCAUCACCACUCUCUUAUUGCCCUUUCUGUCAGAAUUCUUCCUACAACUUCAGCUCUUUCUAUAAACCCUCUUAUAUGUUCUCCUUUUCGUGGGGAUUUCGAUGGUGAUUGCCUUCAUGGUUAUGUCCCCCAAUCGAUGGACUCGAGAGUGGAGCUCAGGGAGCUUGUUGCUCUAGACCAACAACUGAUUGAUGGACAGAGUGGGAAAAACCUGUUGGCACUAAGCCAUGACAGCUUGACUGCAGCUCAUUUGGUUCUGGAAGAUGGGGUCAUAUUGAACAGGUGCCAGAUUCAACAGCUUCAGAUGUCUUGCCCUGGGCAGUUGCCAACACCAGCUAUCUUUAAAGUGUUAUCAAAUGGGUCUUGUUAUUGGACUGGAAAACAGUUACUCAGUCUGCUCUUGCCAUCAGAUUUUGAUUACGUUUUCCCAUCCAAUAAUAAUGGUGCAUGUAUCAGGAAAGGAGAAAUUCUAUCUUGUAAUGGAUCUUCUUGGCUACGUGAUACAGAUGGAAAUCUUAUCCGUAGUUUUAUCAAGCAUUAUGGAGAUCAGGUUCUUCAUUUCCUGUUUUCUGCGCAGGAAGUUUUAAGUGAGUGGUUGUCAAUGAAGGGAUUAAGUGUUUCUUUAUAUGAUCUUUGUCUCUGCUCCGAUCCAUCCUCCCGAAAGAAUAUGGUCACCGAAAUCUCAUGUGGGUUGAAAGAGGCUGAAAGACUUUCACUUAUAACAACACUCAUGGUGGAUAAAAAUCAAGAUUUCCUUGUCGGGAUAUCUGAAGAAAAUAAACCUUCAAUAGGUUUUAGCUUUGAGCGAUUGUCUUUUGAGAAACAAAAGUCUGCAAUGCUUAGUCAGUCUUAUGUUUCUUCUUUUAAAAAGGUGUUUAGGGAUAUCCAAAGUUUACUUUAUCAGUAUGCUAACAACGACAACUCGUUUCUGGCUAUGCUAAAGGCUGGGAGUAAGGGUAACGUUUUAAAAUUGGUACAGCAGAGCAUGUGUCUUGGUUUACAGCAUUCUCUGGUUCCAUUGUCCUUUAAAAUACCCCAUCAGCUUUCUUGUGCUGCAUGGAAUGAUGAAAAGAACAAUCCUCAUUAUCUUCCAGAAUACCCUGGUACUUACAUCCCUUCUGCUGUGGUGGAAAACUCUUUCCUCACAGGUUUAAACCCUCUGGAGUGCUAUGUGCACUCGCUAACAACUAGGGAGACUUCUUUUAGUGGGCAUGCAGAUGUUUCUGGUACUCUUACUCGCAAACUCAUGUUUUUCAUGCGUGAUCUUUGCAUUGGAUAUGAUGGAACUGUGAGAAAUGUUUAUGGAAACCAAGUUGUGCAGUUCUCUUACUAUAGUAAGCAAAAAUCAAAUGCAUUGGGCGGCCACCCUGUUGGUUCAUUGGCUGCCAGUGCUAUUUCUGAGGCUGCAUACAGUGCUUUGGAUCAACCCAUCAGUGCGCUCGAGUCAUCACCACUGCUGAACCUUAAGGAAGUGCUGGAGUCAGGGGCAAGAAAAAGUAGUUGUGAGAAAACAGCAUCAAUGUACUUGUCAAAGAUGCUUGGAAGGUGGGUUUAUGGAUUUGAAUAUGGAGCUCUAGAAGUGAAAAAUCAUUUGGAAAGACUUCUGUUUUCUGACCUUGUUUCUGAAGUAAUGAUAUGCUUCUCCCGGGAGACAUGCAGAGGUAGCCGCAGUAGUCCUUGGGUUUGCCAUUUUCACAUAAUUAAGGAAAUUGCAAAGAGGAGAAGACUGCACUUACAAUCCAUUUGUGAUGCUCUGAACAUGAGUUACACAGCCAUCAAAGUAAAAGCAAAAUCUGACCUUCCAAAUCUGCAGAUAACAUGCAUGGAUUGUUUUGAUGCUGACACGUCCAAGGAACACUCCAACUUAUGCAUUACAGCUGCGGUUGUUGGGAUUUCUAAAGAUCCAUAUCUGGGGCUGGACAUCCUUCGUGAUUUUGUGAUACCAUUCCUCCUCAGAACAGUAGUUAAAGGAUUCUCUGUGUUCAAACGGGUGGAUAUCUUAUGGCGGGAGGAGGCACCAAUUUUAUUGAAGUCGUCAAACAAUAGAAGCCCUCCCGGAGAGCUUUAUUUGAAAGUUUUCAUGUCAGAGAACUGUGACAGGACUCAAUUUUGGAGCAUUCUUGUGGACAGCUGCCUUCAAAUAAUGAAAAUGAUUGACUGGGAACGUAGUCGUCCAGAUGAUAUAGAUGACAUCUCUGUAGCCUAUGGGAUAGACGUUGCUUGGAAGUCCUUUUUAAGUGGUCUAAGUUCUGCAAUAUCAGAUACUGGCAAGAUCAUCCUACCGGAACACUUGGUUCUUACUACUGACUGUCUGUCAUCCUCUGGUCAAUUUCUUGCUUUGAGUUCAAAUGGCCUGUCACGUCAAAGAAAAGAAAACGGUUUCUCUACGCCAUUCACUCAAGCAAUCUUUUCAAACCCCGGAGAAAGUUUUCUUAAAGCAGCAAAGCUGGGAUUGUCAGACGAUCUUCGAGGGAUUGCUGAAGCUUUGUGUUGGGGAAAAGUUCCCUCGGUUGGUACUGGUUUCCAGUUCGACGUUUUAUACUCUGGGAAGGGAUUUGAGAUUUCUGAGCCCACUGAUGUCUAUAAACUGCUGGGAAAGCAUGCUGCAUUCCAGAAGCAGAAAGUGGCAGUCAAUCCUGAGCAAAACAAUGAAGUUUUCAGCAAAACUCUUGCUCAACGCCUAUGCAAAUAUGAUGGUUUUUGUUCAGAGAGAGAGAACAUUCUGUUACCAAAAGCAGUUUUAAGUUCCUUAUCUGUGAAUGACAUCCAGAGGCUCUCAAGGGCAUUGAAGAGUAUCUUAUACACGUAUGAUGUUAAUGAUCUUUUGAAAGAAUCUGACAAGUCUGUUGUGAUGAGGGCCUUGUAUUUUCAUCCUCGAAGGAAUGAAAAGAUUGGAACCGGGACCUAUGAAGUCAAGGUUGGUCAGCACAAAGGGUACGAAAAUUCACGCUGCUUCCUUUUAGUGCGCUCAGAUGGAACAGUUGAAGACUUCUCUUAUCACAAAUGUGUUCAUCAUGCUCUUCAACAAAUCGCUCCCAAACAGGCAAAAACUUACCACUCUCGAUGGUUGAGUGGGGCCCGAUGAUGCUAAGGUGUGCCUUCUCAUGAAGCCAGGCAUAGCAUCUCUUAUUUACUUAAUUUUAACAUCCAACCAGCUUUGUAAGGGCAGUCCAUGUGUAAUGCCUUUUUAUGUUGGUCCCACUAAAGCUUGUCUGCCCCCAUCGAAUGAAAUUAUUAACACGAUGAGGCAGAAACGAUUUAGUGGAAGUGACAUAGAAAAGCUUUGGAUAGCCCCAGCAUCUGUUGCAUCUUUAUAUUGUUAGAUUGAGAUGAACACCAAGGCUCCUACUAACCAGGCUAAUGACUUUGAAGAUAUUGAGUUUUCUCACAAGCAAAACUCUUCCAAGCUCGUAAUCAUAAAGGGUUCAAAUUGUGAAAGACUGAAAGAUCUACUGAGGACUUGCAGUGAGAUAAGCAUCUUCAACAUUCGUUGCUGUCAAUCUGUCAUCGUAGAGUUUGUUCUCUUCAAUGUAUUCUU